AUGGAAACAAACAAUGAAAGCAAUAAUGUUCGUAACUCUGAGAAACGUUUAGAUAAACGUAAAGAACUGGUACACGAGAAGGAAAAAUUAAAACAACAAAUACAACGGUUGAAGGCUGUAACUUUGCAAAUGGAGUACAAUUUAGAUCUUUCCACAUUUAAGAAAGUUAAAACUGCCUCUGAUCUAAACAUGUCUAAUGUUACUACUGAUAGAGACAUCUCAGAAGUUCCAGAUGUUAAUGUGGAAUUGGAAUCCCAAUUGUUUAGAUAUGCCGGUUUUCAAUGCAUUCAAUUUUCCCAUCAAGAAUUCAUAUUUAACUUUUCUGCACUGAAUAGAUACAACAAAGAAAAUAUUUAUGCUAUCCAAAUACUAAACAAGGAAACUGAAUGGUGCUUAGGAAAAUGGAUAAUGCCCAUGUCUGUUGACUUAGAUAACUUAGCACCUCAGUUUUCUAAAGGUUUAAAAGGUGUACCUCCUUUUGUGAAAACUUGUAAACAAUAUAUUGAUUGUUAUACUGUUCGGCAUGAUCAAUUCAACACUUUGAAGGAAGCUGUAUCUCAUAUAAACAAUUGUACCUUGCAAACAAAUGAUGGACAUAGUCUUAUUAUUUUAGACGUAAUAGGAGUGCAUAACAUAGAGACUGAUUCAGACAUAAAUAUAAUUAUAUAUCUUCAUUAUAAUAUUGAUGAAGUCAGACCAUGCAAAAUUAUAGUUGACUCACAACAUGAGAAUAAAUUAAAUAAAAAAGUAACAAAGCAGUUAGAACAUUCUUUGAAGUGUUUCAAGAUGUUUGAUUUAUGUACAGCAUUUGAAGAUAUGUUAAACGAUAGUUUCUUUACAUGGGCACAGGUUGCUGAUGAGGAUAGUCCAUUAAAUAUCAAUAAUUUAAGCAACUCUGAUGAAGAAGGAUUUUUAGAGGACUUUACAUUUCAAGAGAAAAGUUUGUCAUCGAGUAGAAAGAGGAGAAAGAAAAGAAAGACACCAAAACAACGUGGGACGCAUGGUUCAAAUAUUUCAAAACGGAUCAGGAAAGAUGAAGAAUCUACUUCAUUUCAAAAUAAAGAGGGAACUAGUUUUAGUCAACAUUCUGUAAAGCUAAAAAAGAAAUUGAAACAGACAAAAUUGAAAUUUCGAUUAUAUAAUAGAUCAAGUUCAUACACAACUAGCAACACAGAACAGCUUAAGGAUGUCACUCCUGAAAAUGCCAUAGCUAAUAGAAAAGUUGAUCAGGUAAUUACUAGUACUCCAUUGCAUCAAAAUCAAAAUCGCUCCAUGGGUGUUACAAAAAACAAUGUGGAUGACAUCAGUGAUAUUGUCAAUGAGGAAAGUUUACAAAGGCCAUAA